GCUUUACAACUUUCAAUAGGCAAAGAUACAUUGCCGGCCACAUCUCCCUCGUCUUCUUCAUCUUCUCAGUCACUCCGCACAGCUUCAUCUUUUUCAAAUACUCUGUUUCUCCAUAUCCAUCUAAAACCUCAAACCCGAUAAACCUUAAACUUCAUAUUAAUACAGCAAGUUUCCAUUUAUUCAUUCAUGGCGUCAUUCAAUUUCAAUCCAUUCAACAAUAACUGGUUCAACAAACCUUCAACACCAUUUCAACCAAUGAAUCUUCUAUCCCACUUUGAUUCCCUAAAAUCCCGUCAACAUUCUCCACCUUUUGCAGCUAUUUCAAAUCCAUUUUCAAGAAAACCCAAAUCAGCUCCUGAAAAACCAGGUCAUUACCGGAAAAUGCUGGACCAGUUCUAUUGGGAGUGUGAGACCCGACCCGACUUUAGACAUUCUCCAGAAGUUGAGCGGAUUAUGAAUGAGGAUCCCUUUAUUGAGAAAAAGGAGAACCCAACUAAGGAAGAGAUUGAGGAGAAUGAGAAGUGGUUCGCUGAGUUUCGGGAAAACCCAGUAUUUCAGUUCUUGCUCCAAGCUGAAGAAAUUGCUGAUAAAAUCAAUGAGCUUGAGCUUCAAGAGAAUUCGACUCCAUAUAGAAAGGAAGAUAAGAAACUGUGGCAGGCAGUGCCAAAUGUCAUUGGAUUGGAUGGGAGGCCAAUGCCUAGAAAAGCGAUAAAGACAAAGAAGGAAUCAGAUGAUAAAUUUUGGGAUUUUGCAAGGCAGUUCUUUUUUGGGCUUUGGGGAUUUCGCCAGCGACCAUACCCACCCGGAAGGCCCAUUGAUGCUGCACAGGCUAUUGGGUACAAAAGGCUUGAAAAGCGAUAUCAUGAUUUCAUUAUGAAGAGCGGUGGGUGGUUCUACAAGGAUCGAUUAGGUCGUUCGAGGGGACCUAUGGAAUUAAUACAGCUUAAGACUGCUUGGGGUGCUGGAAUUAUUGAUAAGCACACCUUCAUUUGGGGUGAGGAUAUGGAUGAAUGGGCUCCCAUCGGAAUGGUAUAUGGUCUGGAAAAAGCAAUUGCCACUUGGGAAGUUAGACUAGGUGCUGCUGCUACUGCUCUCCUUCACAAACUACAAAAGGGUAUACCUCCUUGGGUUCCUCUCAGAGGACAUGAGCCAAAGACAUAUAAGCAGAUGCAAGAAGAAGCUUAUGAAAGUAGAAGGCGUGAUUUGGCUGUGCUAGAAGCAAAUGAUGGUGUCUGGCCUGGUGUAAGGAUUCCGAGUCAUACCAUGUUUCUUUGGGCUAGUGGCUCAGAGCUGACAUCAAUUUUGGAGGCUGACCACAUGCCAAACAAAUAUAUCCCAAAAGAUCUCAGGAAAGAACUAGAGAAGGUUAUUCCUGGAUUGAGGCCAUGGGAGGUUCUAAGUGUUGAACAAGCCAUGGAUCAAAUAACAUAUGGUGGUGAAUGGUACCGCGAGCCUCUUGGUUCAUACACAACAGGCCCUCCAUAUAUCGCUGAAUGGAAUAAGGAUGUCAUUCGAUUGUUUCAAAUAUUCCACGACCUCAGUGUACGAGUGUACAACAAGCUGAACAGGACAGUUCCCGGUUUUGGUACAGUAAUGGAGAAAGUUCAAAUUGAUUCAGCUGCCAGAGAAACCAGAAGGAUGCAGAAGAGGGCUGCAAAAAAGAUGGCCGAGGAGGAAAUUGCAUUGUUUGGCAGAACUCGAAAUGAUGAUGAGUAACAUUCCUGGUUCAUCUCAACUAAUUUGGAACUCAAAGAAGUCUUUUUCUGUAAAUCAAAAUUCAGAUGUCUCUGUAUAUUGAAUGCCUUAAUAUGGUAAGGAGCUGAUGCAAUUUAGGACCUGCUAGAUUUGGCAUUUAACAGACUUCUGCUGUGUUAUAAGUUAGUUCUUUUUGUAGGUUACAAAUAGCAACACUAGCUUUCCUUUAUUGGGUUCACUUAUUUUAAAGCAUAUUGUAUUAUUAAUGAUUAUUGUUUCCAGGUUUUAUCAAUUGCUAGAGUAAGUGGAGGAUGUAUCUAACAUCAAUUUAAGGAAAAGAUUCCCUUGUUCUA